UCAGACUCGGCAGCAGUGCGACAGGAGCUCAAGCUGAUCUGACCGCAGAAGAAAAUACACUGAAUUUGAAGCCUUAAGGUACCUCAAGAUGUGGAAAAGAAAAGCAAAAGUGACCGACCAGACGGCUGCUGGUCAGGGUCCCGAACCAGAGAAAAAAUAUAAAAAGAAAGUGGGCAUCAAAAAGAAGUCCAAAGUGCCAGGUGUUAUGAUCACACAGUAUGUGGAGGAUUCAAAAAUUCCUGAAGGCAAGAGCCACCCUGACUUCACACGCAAACCAAUCGCCUUAACCAUUCAAGAAGGUAAACUGGCCAUUUUCAAAGCUAUUGUCACCGGAGAUCCACAACCAACAGUCACAUGGGCUCGUAAUAAUGGAGAAGUUACUGAUCCAGAAAAAUAUCAAUGCAAAUUUGAUCCAAAUUCUCAUGAGAACACCCUUGAGAUGCCAAAUAUUUCAUCAGAACAAGCAGACACAUAUAAAUGCUUUGCCGUAAAUGAAUAUGGGAAAGCUGUUGUUACCGUUAUGCUCAAUGUUAUAGAAGUUGGCUUCAAGAAAAAAAAGGCUGUACAAGAGGCUCAGGCUGCACCUGAACUUGCAAGUGGGAUGCCUGUGCUGAGAAAAAGUAAAGUGAAGCCUAAAGUGGUCGAGGAGAAGAAAGAAGGAGAAAUUGACCCAAAGUUCUGGGAACUCUUGAUGAGUGCCGACAAGAAAGACUAUGAAAGCAUCUGUGCAGAGUUUGGAGUUAAAGAUUUCCGCUGGAUGUUAAAAACACUGAAUGAAAUGAAACGUGAAAGAGAAGAAGAGCAGGCACAGUUCAUUAAAAACAUAGACAAGCUUAAACCAAUUAAAGUAAAUGCCAAUGGAAGUGCAUCAUUUGAGCUUGAAAUGGACCUACUGGAAGUUUCUAGCAGGAUAUUCAUCUACAAGGAUGGUGAGAUGGUUCCAUUCAGUUUGAAGCAAGACGAUGAAGUCAAGCAUGAAUUGAAGCAAGUUGGGAAAAAAUAUGUGUUCACUAUACGAGACCUUCUACCUGAUGAUGCUGGUCUUUAUCAGAUGGAUGUUGAAGGUGUCACAGUUUUUUCCACAGACUUCAAAAUUCCCAUGGUGGACUUUUUGGUGAAAAUACAAGAGGUUAAAGCAAUGGAGAGAGAGGAUGCUGUAUUUGAGUGCGUCUUAUCAAAUCCGUUCUCAAGGAUCAACUGGUUUGGAAAGAAUGCCGCACUGGAAGCAGGAGAAAAGUUUGACAUUGAAGUGUCUGAGGACAAGCUCGUCCACAGAUUAGUGGUUAAAGACUGCGCGAUGGUGGACAAAGGAAUCUAUGCAGCUGUCGCUGGAAUCAAGUCCUGUAAUGCAUUUCUGAUAGUGGAGGCCGACAAUGACCCAAAUAUGCGUGGUAAAAAGAAGACACGGAAGACCACUAAGGCUGGUGGCUCAGGUCUUGACCUGGAAAAGAUUGCAAAGGAGCAGCAAGACAAACUCCAGAAAGACAGAGCAGAGAGAAUAGAGGCAGUGCAAGCUGCAAAGGAGGCCGCAGCAACUGAUGAUUCAGGAUCAGGAACAGGGCAAGCAGCACCGGAGUCAAAGCCAGAGCCAAAGCCAGAGCCAAAGCCGGUUGAGCCAGUUGCAGUUGAAGUUGCAGUUGAAGAACCAGGACACUCACAGACUGUCAAAGGGUCUGAGUCACAACAUGAGGCUCCAGCUAUGGGACACUCAGAGACUGUCAAAGGGCCACAACAUGAGGCUCCAGCUAUGGGGGGUAAGGGAGACGGAUCAGACGCUGAUGGAGCUCAGCUUGGCUCAGGCACCGAUGGAUCUGGGUCCAAAAUCAAAGGUUCUGUAGAGGAAGAUGUAAGCCUCACUCAGGGGUUGUCAGAUACAUAUGCAAUCCGUGGCCAACCAGUGGAAAUGACUUUGACCCUUAGCAGUGACAAAGCUGAAGGAACCUGGUAUAAAGACGGGGAGAAGCUGACCAGUGAAGCUGGAAUGGAACUUAAAAAGGAUGGUGCCACUCAUAAACUGGUGAUCCAAAGUGCUAAGGAUGAUCAUACUGGACAAUACACAUUUGAAGCUAGAGGGUGUAAAACAGAAGCAUCUCUGACUGUUGGAGAUGCGCCUGAAUUUGACCCCGAUGACCUACACAAGUUCUCAAAGCCAGUGAUUGUGAAGGUGGGCCAGACUGGCUCAUUCAAGAUGCCAUUCGAACCUCAAGAGAACCUUGAAAUCAAAUGGUUCAAAGAGGGUGUUCUACUGAACGAUGGAGGGGGAGUCAAGAUCCAGAGAGAGCCCAAUCACAGCCGUCUUAUCAUAAAAGACUGUAUUCGCACUGACGCUGGAGAAGUCAAGAUUCAACUCAAAACCCCAUUUGGUGAAAUUGAGGCCACUUCAAGACUCAUUGUGCUAGACAAGCCAGGGCCACCAGAGGGUCCAGUGGAGGUUCUUGAAAGCACAUCCACUGUUAUUGAGCUGCAAUGGAAACCCCCGAAAGACGACGGUGGCUCAGCAGUGACAAACUACAUCAUAGAGCGACAGCAAGUGGGUCAGCCCAUGUGGAGAAAACUUGGAGAUGUUUCAGCAGACCGAGUGACGUUCAGAGACCGCAACGUCAUACACGGAAAGAACUACAUUUACCGCAUUUAUGCGGAGAACCCCGAGGGAGUCAGUGAACCGCUGGUGACAGAGAGCACCAUGGCAGGAGUCCUGGUGUUCCCGGGUCCACCAUGUGCACCAAAGGUGGAAAGUGCUUUCAAAAACUGCAUCAAUUUGAAGUGGGAACCUCCACUCAAUGACAACGGAACAAUAAUCAUUGGAUACCAACUGGAAAAACGCAAGAAAGACACACAACAGUGGAUUGCUCUGAACCCUGUGAAUGAGCCAAUUGAAGCCCUGAAGUAUGCUGUCAAAGACGUAUCGGAGGGAGCAGAAUAUGAAUUCAGAGUUUCAGCCAUCAAUGAGUCAGGGGCUGGAGAGCCAAGUCCUCCAUCUGUGGUGGUAGCCGCAAGAAAUCCAAAGAUGAGACCACAAUUCCAUAGCCCAGAAGAUUUCAUGGUUAUAAGAGCUGGAAAUUCUGUGAGAAUCAAGAUGACCUAUGAGGCUGAGCCUCAGCCUGAUAUCACCUGGUUAAAAGAUGAUGAACCCAUCUCUCCAUGGGUUAACAUCAUAAAUGUUGAGGGGUCAUCAACCCUGGUGAUUCCUACAUCACAACGCCCAGAUUCUGGAAUCUACACCAUUACUGCCAAGAACUCCAGUGGCUCUGCCACAUUUGAUAUUGAGGUCAGAGUUACAGAUGAACCUAAACCACCAGGUCCAGUGGCAUUAGAACAACUCGUCCAUGGGAGAGUAAUCAUCACAUGGGACCCCUCUCCUGACCAGGAGCUGGAUGACCGCCUGCACUACAUGGUGACUGAGCACGAGUCCAACAACCGCAUGUGGCACACCAUUGCUGAUCGCCUCUUCUGCAACACUUUCACCGCAACCGUACAUUCUGGGAGAGAGUACCAUUUCCGCGUCUACGCCAAGAAUGACAUGGGUCUAUCAGAUCCAUCUAAUUCACCCACCUGGGGUUUCAACUGUAACAAAGUUGCAGCAACAACAAAUGUCCCGGUGGCAGUGUCCUUAGACAGGCCCCCAUCCAUCAUGGUUCCUCUGAAAGUCCACACUCCUCCAAAAGGCUACCAGUGCUUCAUGACAUGCGCUGUCCGUGGCUUUCCCACACCAUAUGUCUUCUGGUACCUGAAUGACACCUGCAUCAAUGACAACAAAAACUACUACAUCACCAAUGCCCAUGGCAUCUGCUCCAUGUAUAUCCUCAGAGUGGGCACCACUGACGGUGGAGAGUAUAAGGUGGUGGCAAUCAACUCAUUUGGCACUGCCGAGUGUUCCACAAAAGUCAACGUCAAAGAAUGAACCACCAGUGCUGCCAAGUCAAGUGUGUGCCCUGGCCUUAAUGGUGGAAAUCCUCUCAAAGAAAAAUUACAAGAAAUAAUAUUUGUGUUUGUGUUUGCAAUGUUCAAUGGAAUGCUCUGUGUUAGUCUUUAAUUUAAUAAAAUUAUUUCUGUUCU